CUACCUGACGAGGAAUACACAACCAACAUGGCAGAUGCACAACGCAGCCUGACGGCACCCUUUCCACCGCCUCCGCCUUUCUGGAAACACUUCACGACAGAGAACAUCGAGAAACUGGAAAAGAUUAAGAAGGAGUCUAAUAUUCCAAGGACUUUUAAAGGCAAGAAAUGGCACCCAAGUGAGCUGCGAGCGUUGGAUGUACCACCUGAGCUUCGCUAUUUGAUUCCGCCUGAACCUCCGACAGAAGGUUCAUACGCCGUUUUUGGGGAGUUGCAAAGCCUAUCGACAAAUCUGCCCUCUCUAAACGAACAGGGUAUUGAACAACUGUACCCCGACGUCCCUACGACUAACGGCGGAAAGGACGAUCCCAACGGCGGCCAACCAUUAAACCAUGCAUAUUAUCUCUUAAAAAUCAGCAAGUCCCUCUUACUGAACUUUUUGGAAUUUGUUGGUGUCCUCUCUAUAGCCCCCGAAGAUUUCGAAGCGAAACUAGGUGAUCUACGGAAUCUAUUCAUCAAUGCGCACCACCUUCUCAAUCUGUACAGACCACACCAAGCUAGGGAAUCGCUAAUAUUGAUGAUGGAAGAACAAUUGGAGAGUGCACGGAGCCAGAUACAGGAGAUGGAUGACGUGAAGAAUCGGGUUGAGAGGUUGUUGGAACAGUUGACGACAGAGGGUCUGGAUGCGCAACAAUCUUCAUUUCAAGGGUCGAACCAUGAAGCAAAUACUGUGGAAUUCGAUAACAAGGCAGUGGAAGAGGCGCGAAAGUUGUGGGAUUUGCUGAAGGAUGAAGAUGAUUGAUGAUUCCGAUGGUGGCCCUUGGCUCGAUUCUGAGCAAGGCGCGUAUUGAUCUACUCUACGUACUUGACAAGUACACCAAUUUGCGACGACGUACCCUCGUGAUUAUUCUUCGAUCGUGGAAAGGACCGGCCUCUCAGUUUUUUGGGCGAUAGCUCGGAGAUAAGAUAAUCCGAUUCAAUCACGUGGUCGCUAAGCUGCCAAGCUCCAAAAUCAAAGCUUUCGAAGCA